AUGCAGUCCAAGCUUCUCGCCCUUUUCGUCGCUCUCGUCUGCGCCACGCCUGCUCUCGCCGCCCAGGCCCAGGUGUUCCAGCCCCCGGCCUCAAGCCCCGAGAGCGCGUCAGGCAACUACACCGGCCAGAGCAACGGCACCAUCUCCAACGGUCCUCUCGUCUCUGGGAAGGCCUUCGAUAGGUUCAUUCAGAUCUGGCUCGAGAACACCGACUUCGCAACCGCCGCUUCGUCGCCUGUGUUCCAGAACUUGAGUAAGGAGGGUAUUCUUCUUGAUUCCUUCUACGCGGUCACCCACCCCUCCGAGCCCAACUACCUUGCGGCUGUUGCCGGUGACUUCUGGGGUCUCGCCGAUGACGCAUUUUACCAUGCGCCGCAAAACAUCUCCACCAUCGUCGAUCUUCUCGACCAGGGAAAUGUCUCGUGGGCGAGCUACCAGGAAAACAUGCCUAGUGAUGGCUUUACGGGUUUCAACUACACCCAAGCGGACUACAUAACCGGUCAUGAUACCUACACGUACUACGUGCGCAAGCAUAACGGUCUCAUUAUUCACGACUCGGUCGCGAACGUCUCAUCACGCGCGCACCGCAUCCGCAACUUCAACGACUUUGCCGCCGACCUCAAAGCGGACGUCAUCCCUCAGUGGGUCUUCGUCACCCCGAAUCUCGUCAACGACGCCCACGACACCACGAUCGAUUUCACCGGCGACUGGCUCAACUACUGGCUCGUCCCGCUCCUCGGCGAGGCCGCCUUUAACGACAACCGGACGCUCAUCCUCCUCACCUUCGACGAGAACGAGACGUACACGGUCAACAACCGCAUCUACACCCUCGUCCUCGGCGGCGGCGUCCCCGCGCACCUCCGCGGCACGACGGACUCCACGUACUACACCCACUACUCCGCGCUCUCCACCGUCGAGGCCAACUGGGAGCUCAUGUCCCUCGGCCGCGGCGACACGAACGCGACGCUGAACAACGUCCUCGCCUUCGUCGCGAACGCGACCGGGUGGACGAACAACGGCCUCGCCGCCAACGCCUCCGGCAUCCCCCUCACGAACCUCACCGGGGACAUCCCCGGCCCGCUCAACUCCCAGUUCUACCUCCCCUUCCCGGCGCCGAACGUGAACGGGAAGGGCGCGGGCGGAAAGGGCGUGUUCGUCGCCGCCGGGCUCAACCCCAGCGCGACCGCGGACACCCUCGGCGCGCCGGUGAACCUGACCGCGCUCGGGCAGACGAACCCGUGGUCGGGGAACGGCGGCAUCGACUACACGAACACGAGCGCGGGCCCGGCUACGACGUCUAAGGCGUCGGGUGCGGCCGUGACGGUGGGUAUGCGCGCGGAGCUCCUCGUCGUCAUGGCGGGCGUCGUGCUGGGGGGCGUUAUGGUGCUGUAG